AUGGACUGUGGGCCACCUGCCACCCUCCAGUCCCACCUGGCUGGGAGACGUGGCACUGACCGCCGCCCAGUAGCUGUGUGCCAGCAGGAGAGUCUGUCCUUUGCAGAGCUGCCCAGCCUGCAGCCCCCGAGCCCUGUGUGUCUGGAUCUCUUCCCUGUUGCCCCCGAGGAGCUUCGGGCUCCAGGCAGCCGCUGGUCCCUGGCGACCCCUGCUCCUCUCCAAGGGCUGCCAUGGCCACCAUCCCCGGAAGUCCCAGACACUGAGAUCUCCACCAGUGGGGGGCUGCGGCCCAGCAGAGCUGGCAGCUGGCCACACUGUCCUAGUGCCCAGCCCCAAGCUCUGGAGGGACCCUGGAGUCCCCAGCACCCACAGCCACAGCGCCGGGCCAGUCACGGCUCGGAGAAGAAAUCUGCUUGGCGCAAGAUGCGGGUCUAUCAGCGUGAAGAGCUCCCUGGCAGCCCCGGUGCCCAUGCUGUCUUCCUGGAGCCUGGCCAGGCAGCAGAGCAGACCCUGAGCACAGAGGAGCCUAGGCCACCGGAGCUGUCCGUACCCUCCAGAGUAGGCCUGGAGGGGCCUGAGCGCAGGCGCUUCUCAGCCUCGGAGUUGAUGACCCGCCUGCACUCUUCCCUACGCCUCGGGCGGAAUUCAGCAGCCAGGGUGCUGACCCCAGGGUCAGGCACUGGCACAGCUCGGGAAGGAAGAGCAUCUGGAAGGGAGUCGCGCAGUGUAGAGAUGAGGGUGGACGGUUUGGUGAUGCCAGCCCCUGUUGACCCGAGCGGGUGCCAUAGCGGCUGGCCCGAGCCCAGGCUGGACACGCCGGAAGAGCUGGCUCUGGGGUCCAGGAGCUCCAGCGAGCGGCGCCAGUCACGGUUUCUCCUUAACACGGUCCUCUACCAGGAAUACAGCGACGUGGCCAGCGCCCGCGAACUGCGGCGGCAGCAGCGCGAGGAGGAGGGCCCGGGGGACGAGGCGGAGGGCGCGGAGGAGGGGCCCGGGCCGCCGCGCGCCAACCUCUCCCCGAGCAGCUCCUUCCGGGCGCAGCGCUCGGCGCGAGGCUCCACCUUCUCGCUGUGGCAGGACAUCCCCGACGUGCGCGGCAGCGGCGUCCUGGCCACGCUGAGCCUGCGCGACUGCAAACUGCAGGAGGCCAAAUUUGAGCUGAUCACGUCCGAGGCCUCCUACAUCCACAGCUUGUCGGUGGCCGUGGGCCACUUCUUAGGAUCUGCUGAACUGAGCGAAUGUCUGGGGGUGCAGGACAAGCAAUGGCUAUUCUCCAAACUGCCCGAAGUCAAGAGCACGAGCGAGAGGUUUCUGCAGGACCUGGAGCAGCGGCUGGAGGCAGAUGUCCUGCGUUUCAGUGUGUGUGACAUUGUGCUGCACCACUGUCCAGCCUUCCGCCGAGUGUACCUGCCCUAUGUCACCAACCAGGCCUACCAGGAGCGCACCUACCAGCGCUUGCUCCUGGAGAACCCCAAGUUCCCUGGCAUCCUGGCUCGCCUGGAGGAGUCUCCCGUAUGCCAACGUCUGCCCCUCACCUCCUUCCUCAUCUUGCCAUUUCAGAGGAUCACCCGCCUCAAGAUGCUGGUGGAGAACAUCCUGAAACGGACAGCACAGGGCUCCGAAGACGAAGACAUGGCCACCAGGGCCUUCAAUGCACUCAAGGAGCUGGUGCAAGAGUGCAAUGCCAGUGUGCAGUCCAUGAAGAGGACAGAGGAGCUCAUCCAUCUGAGCAAGAAGAUCCACUUUGAGGGCAAGAUCUUCCCACUGAUCUCGCAAGCCCGCUGGCUGGUUCGGCAUGGGGAACUAGUGGAGCUGGCACCACUGCCCGCAGCUCCGCCUGCCAAGCUGAAGCUGUCCAGCAAGGCAGUCUACCUGCACCUUUUCAAUGACUGCUUGCUGCUCUCCCGGCGGAAGGAGCUAGGGAAGUUCGCCGUGUUCGUCCAUGCCAGGAUGGCCGAGCUCCAGGUGAAGGACCUGAGCCUGAAGCUGCAAGGCGUCCCCGGCCACGUGUUCCUCCUCCAGCUCCUCCAUGGGCCCCACGCAAAGCACCAGUUCCUGCUGAGGGCCCGGACGGAAAGUGAGAAGCAGCGAUGGAUCUCAGCCCUGUGUCCCUCCAGCUCCCAGGAGGAUAAGGAGUUCUUCAGCGAGGGCCAAGACCGCCCCCAGGUUCAGUGCGUCAGGACAUACAAGGCUCUGCAGCCAGACGAGCUGACUCUGGAGAAGACGGAUAUCCUGGCUGUGAGGACCCAAACCAGUGAUGGCUGGCUGGAGGGGGUCCGCCUGGCAGAUGGUGAGAAGGGGUGGGUGCCCCAGGCCUAUGUGGAAGAAAUCAGCAGCCUCAGUGCCCGCCUUCGAAACCUCCGAGAGAAUAAGCGGAUCACAAGUGCGCCCAGCAGACUGGGGGAGCCCCCCGCAUGAUGGGUGGGACGCCAGCUCCGUGCCCAGCUCCUGGACAGGUCUGCAGGGACCUCUGGUGUCGCAUGCCCCAGGCCACUGCUGGUGUUCCAUGGCCUGGUGUCCGGAGUACAGCCCGUCCUCACGCUCCUCCCAGUCCGCUUUAGGGCCGACACCAGUGUCUUCCUCUGGCAUAGGGACUGCACAGGUGACCUGUGAUAUCUGGCAAGGACUGGGGCUCACUCCCUUCAUGCUGCCUGACUCUUGGUCCCUCUGGCAGGGACCCGGCUGGGGACAGCUCUGGUGCUGACGGGUGCUGGGACAUAUAUAGAGAGAUGUAUAUAUAUCUGGGGUCUUCUGGCCAGAGCCUGCAUGGGCCCUGGUGGCUAUGACUUUUCUGUAAAUAAACUCCCAUGAUGCCUUGGC